AUGGCUUCGUCGACGGCCGCCCCGCCGCACCAGCUGCCGCACACGGCGACGUCGCACCCCGACGACCCAAUUCCCUGCGAGCCUCCGCCGUCGCGCGCGGUGCCGCAGCUCUCGCUCCGGGCGAGGCGCGACCCGUCCCAGCCCGAGCACACGUCGCCCAGGUCGGCGGGCGAGUCGAUGCGGUGGAGCCCGAACAGCAGCGAUGACUCUGAGGCGCCCCUGACGCCCAGCACCGAGCCCGACCACGCCGUCGAGGAGAUUGUCGACCGCCUCGAGGCCCUCCCGACCGCCGCCGUCAGCGUCGCGGUCCAGGCGCGCCCGCGCCGCGCCUCGACGACGCUCAUCUCGGACAGCCCCGCCGACAUCCAGAAGAUCCUCGGCAGCGGCGAGACGGCCACCAAGCUCAUCAGCCAGUGCUGCGGCGGCGGCUGCUGUCUGCUCAAGACGCUGCAGCCCGACACGUCGGCGGCCUCGUUUGUGCCCGUCGUCGUGCCGGACAAUGCGGCGUUCCGCUCCCUCGGCGUCAAGCUGGGCCCGCUUGCGCUCGACAGCGAGCUCACUGACGUCACCGAGCUGCCCGCGGUGCACAUGUCGUUUGAGGCGCUGCCGUCGCAGCCGGGGGCGGGCGUCGCCGACGUCCGCAAGACACCGCCCCAGUACGUGCAGCCGCACCCGCCGUACGACGUCUUCUCGGCGCCGCUGUACCACGCGCGCGAGCUGACUAAGCCCGGCGCGGAGAAGCGGACGAUGCACUUUGACAUUGACGUCACCGACUACCCUGACGAGGGCGGGGUCGACUUCAAGGUCGGCGGCGCCAUUGGCAUCUGCCCGCCCAACCCGAGCGAGAUGGUCGACGAGCUGUUCGAUCUCCUCGGUGUGCCAAGGUUCGUGCGCGACAAGCCCGUGACGCUCAAGACCAAGGGCGGACGAUGGCCGACCAUCUGGGGAGACGACCGGGCGCGCGAGCUGCGCACCACGCGCCGCGAGCUCCUGACGUGGUGCGCAGACAUCCAGUCCAGCCCACCGACCAAGAAGCUCGUCCGCGUCAUGGCCGAGUACGCCGAGGCGCCCAACGAGAAGAAGGUGCUCGAGUACCUCUGCUCUGCACAGGGCCAGGCGGCCUUCUGCGACCUCCGCACCACCUCCCACCUCACGAUUCCGCAGAUGCUCAGCGCCUUCCCGUCCGCCAAGCCUCCGCUGCCGGCCCUCCUCUCCGUCCUCACGCAGCUCAUGCCGCGGUUCUACUCCCUCUCCAACGACCCCCACAUCUCGUCCGCCCGUCCCGGUCUGCCUGGAACGCGCCGCCUGAUCGAGAUGGCCGUGACUGUCCACGAGACGCCUGACUGGCACGGCCCUGGCGCCACACGCACGGGCGUCGGCAGCGGCUUCAUGGAGCGCAUUGCGCAGCAGUUCAUCGCUGCCGAGCAGCAAGGCAUCGACCCCCGUGAGGUGCUGGAUCUCCGCGUCCCCAUGUUCCGUGGUCUGAUGGCCAAUCCACUGUCCAAGCAGUUUGGUGGCGAAGGCCCAAUGGUUCUGAUUGGUGCCGGCGUCGGCAUGGCUCCUUUCAGAGGCUUCAUCCUGAACAGGCUGAAGAAUGCAAACUGCGCCAACAAGAUUUGGUUGAUCCAGGGCGUCCGUGACAGCAUGCUGGACGAGCUCUACUCGGGCGAGCUCGGCGACCACGAGCGCGAGAUCAAAAAGGUGGUGCAGAGCCGCAAGACGCGCGUCACGGGCCAGACGGAGGCCAAGUACGUGCAGGACGAGGUGCGCAUGCAAGCCGACAUUGUGUGGUUCGUCAUCAACGCCCUCGACGGCCGCAUCUUUGUGUGCGGCAGCAGCAAGGGCAUGGGCGAGGGCGUCGAGGAGGCCCUCAUCGACAUCACCAUGCAAAAGGGCAAUCUGAGCCGCGAGCAGGCGCACGAGUUCUGGGCCAACAAGAAGAAUGACGGCCAGUACAUUGCUGAAACUUGGUAG